UAGAGGAAGACCGAGGAUGAAGACUGUGAUUGUGGUGCAUGGUGGCGCGUGGGCCAUCCCGGACUUGUUAGCCGAAGCAUCCAUGGCAGGAGUCAAAAAUGCUGCGUGGGCAGGCGAUGCUGUUCUUAAGAAUGGUGGGAGUGCAUUGGAUGCUGUAGAAAAAGCUGUGAGGUCUUUGGAAGAUGACCAAACUUUUGAUGCAGGUCAUGGUGCAGUGCUGAAUAUUGAUGGAGAGGUGGAGCUGGACAGUAUCAUCAUGGAUGGGGAAACACUUGCCACUGGAGCUGUGGCCUCUGUGAGAAACAUCGCUAACCCUGUUAGUCUUGCUCGUGCUGUAAUGGAAAAGACAGAUCAUGUCAUAUUGACAGAUAGAGGAGCGAGCAUGUUUGCGGAGCGCAUUGGUAUUCCAGUAGCUGAUGAUCUGGUGACUGAUCUGGAACGAAAAGACUGGGAACAAAGCAGUAGCUAUCCAGUCGGAGUUGAAAAAUUAUUCAACACACAAUGGGGCCAUGAUACAGUCGGAGCAGUGGCUCUGGACUCUUUGGGUAAUGUGGCAUGCGCUACAUCCACCGGAGGAAUCAGAAACAAAAUGGUGGGAAGAGUCGGAGAUUCUCCAAUUAUAGGAUCUGGUGGAUAUGCAGACAAUAGAAGUGGCGCGGUCUCCUGUACUGGUCACGGAGAGUCUAUUCUCAAAGUCACCUUAGCCAGAUUAAUCCUCUUUCAUAUGGAGCAAGGGAAAUCAGCCACAGCCUCCGCUGAAGCCUCACUUCAGUACAUGGGAGAGAGAGUGAAGGGAUGCGGAGGAGCUAUUGUUGUGUCCUCUACAGGGGACUGGGCCGCCAGCUUCACCACACCACGCAUGGCUUGGGCCUCCAUUAAAGAGGACGUCCUGCACUGCGGGUUAAAUCCCAAAGAAGAUUUCACUCAGACGCUGAAAUGAUAACAUUAUACUUUAAUUCUAUUUUCAUUCAUUAUUCAGAAUUUCUUAAAAUUUUCAGCUAAUUUAUUUUGCUAAAUUCUAUCAGUUUCCUAUGUGAUUAACUGUAUCCUUUAUACAUAUCUAAAAGUUAUUGUGCAUCAAUGGUAAUAAGCUGUUUCUCGUAUAAAGAAAGAAAAAAAAUACUCCUCUCUGCAGGUUCUGACAAGUUUAACCAACAGUUAAUGAAUGAUGAUUAAUUGAUUAAAAAAAAAUGUUAAGUGAGAACAUUGUCCAUUUUAGUAACUUUAGUAGCUACAGUAGAUUACUGUACAUACAAUAUAUAAUAACAUUUAUGCAGGUUGUCCCAACUGUUUCCUCAGUGAACAAAUAAUAGAAACACAAUAUGGUGUUAAGUGACUAAAUUAAGAAUUCUCAA